GACGGCUCCAAGGAGGCGGAGGAGCAGCAGCAGCAGCAGCCGCCGCCGAGCACCAGCCCCCCGACGCCUGCCUGCCUUCUCUUCCCCGGAACGGAGGGGGCACCGCGACCAAAGCCCUCAAGGAGCCACCGAAAGGGGCCAGCUGGAGCAUCACAGGCCACCCCUGACUUACAAGGAGCACUGGAAGCGCCAGGAGGCUGACCUGAGAGCCCUCUGCAUGUGCCACCUCCAUUUGCCUCCCUGCAGGAGGAGGUGGGUUUCCCUCAGCUUGGCAGCCCUUGCCCUUGCCUCCUUCCCCACCAGUCAUGGUGGGGCACCUGCAGUUGCAAGGAAUGGAAGACAGUCUCAAAGAGAAGAACCGGGAAGGUCUCCUCGAUAGCCCGGAUUCAGGGCUGCCCCCCAGUCCCAGCCCACCCUUCUAUUCGUUGUCUCCAGGCCUCCUUGAAAGCAGAGCUGGAGGCAGCAGCUCUUCCGCCGAUAUCCUGGCACAAGGGCCACGAAAGGAUGGCAAGGAGGGCAAACUGAUCCCUUUCGUUCUUCUGAAUGCCUCGACAUCAGAAAUAAGGCCGCGGAUGUACCCUGUGUUUUUUGGUGAAAGCAUAGAGGUCAACCCUGAACCGGUGCAAGAAAUUAGGUGCAACUCUGAGGUAAAAUAUGGCUCGGAUAGGCAUUACAGGGAUGAUGUCUUCUAUUGCCCGAUGCCCACUGUCACCACUUACAGAGAGACCAUCAUUGCUGCCCCCAACUGCACAUGGAGAAAUUACAAGUCUCAGCUCAUCUUUGAGCCCCGCCAGAAGCCGUUGAGGUUCCAGAGUACAACUAUAAUCUUCCCCAAGCAUGCUAAGAACAUUUACCGGACCACGCUCAAUUACAGGCUGGGUUCUGCCAAAAGGUGGUUUGCCUCAAGUGUUCAGCUGCAGCUUUGUGAAGAGAACAGCCCAUGCAUUAUCUACACAGAGAACCUUUAAUAUAAUAUUGUGCUUUCUGAGAACGCUUUAAUUCCAACAUCAGUGUAUGGCUGAGAUCCUCACUGGAGGAAGAUGCCUUUUAAGACUUAUCUGCUUUUACCUGAGGGCGUUCAUUGAAUGGCACCAGAGUUAUUAAUCCCCCCCCCCCCCCGCAGUGUUGGAUCGACACCGUACAAGCAUUUUCCCUGUCCAAGAAGCAGCCAAAGGAGAUAGCCACAUGUGUGAAGUGGCUAAAACUGAGUGUUGAUACUUUUCAGUCUUGGAUUCAGCCUGCACUUAAAUGAAAUCUGAACAAUGAGGCCCUUCAAGUUUUUUAUUUGCCCUUCAAAAACAAUCAGUGCUGCUUUUUAUAGGUUGGGGAAGGGUUCUCUGUAACAUGUAGGAUGUUGCCAAGCAUUUUCUUGGAAAAGACAAUUAAGUUAAAGAACACCGUCUACUGUUUGGAACUGAGUUUGUGGUUUGUGACAGGCAAGUCAUUGCCAUAAUUUUAUCCCGCAAGCCCAGCACAAUGGCCAUGUGCCAUUGUUUUGGUUGAUCCAUAUAAUGGCCACUGAAAGGAAAAUGAAAAGGCAAAUGGCAGCUUUUUUGGUGUGCCACAGUAACGUGGAAUUCCCAAAACACUGUGAAGGAGCCAUUUCUGGAAGCCAGGCAUUUACAAUGCCUUGGCCAAUAACUGCAUUUAUAAAGGAAGCCAAGGAGAAGAUUCUUUUGGACAUGGCUACCUUCUAGAGUAGAAGAUAACUCCCCAGGUUUAGUUUAAUGUUGAUGUGUUGGGAAAGAGUUUACAUAUGAACUCAUUCCUGCAGGAGUUGUUUUUUAAAAACCAAUCAUUGUAAAAAAUAGUUUUAAAAAACAACAACAAUGAUGUCUCGGGACCAAAAGCCUUUUGUAUGUUCUGUAAUAAAGGACUGUAAAUCUCAGGCCAAGAGUUCCCACAUGGGAAGCUUGGCUCCCCUUGGGGUUAUAAGGUGGAAAAAUGGCAUUUGUUUGGAUUUGGAAGAUGACAAAUGUAGGAAAGGCAACGUAAAUCGAUGGGGCCAGAAGUGACUUUGUGAAGAUCGAAUGAAGGGAAGGGACUUGUACAUGGCAGCCUGGUUGUGUGAGUUGUGGCACAAUGAAGCGAAAUUCCGCAUGGAAUAUGCAACAGCGAUUCAGUCGAUGUUAUACUUAACUGCCUUUAAAAUUUGUUCUUUUGAGUGGGGGAAAAGGAACACAAUUAAACCAGUUGUACAUCUGAUGUGCAACUACUAUUUGUUUUCCGUUAUGCUGUUUAGAAAGAUUGCUUUUUUCAGUAGAGAGCGACAUGCCUAUGGUUGUCUCAAAACACUACCUUGUUCAGUGAUGGGAAAUGUAGUCUGGGCCAAUUUUUCUUUUUCUUUCGUGCGAGAGAGAUUCUGUCAGAUCUCUACCAAAAACUAGAAAAUGCCACAUUCUGGUACGGCUUUGAAAUUCAUGGGUUCGGGAUAAAUAUGUCUUUGGAUUCAGUUCUGUGUCAAGGAUGUAGACAUGCGUAGCACAUUUAAGAACAGAGAAUGGUUGUCGUUGGGUAAACACAAGCAAAUAAUUACGAACAGUUACUUAACACAGAGAGAAUACAGAUAACUAUUUACUAUGUAGUAAUGUACCAUUGCAUACAUGUAACCAUGAAGAAGAUCAGUCACCUGAAGCCAAACACUUAGGGCCCAUACAGACAGGCCAAAAUAAAGCUGCCUCGGGUCACUUUGGAGGUAUGCUGUUUAAAUGUGCAU